GAUAUGGGCACGCCGCCCCCGGGACCAACGCCGGGAAGGCCUUCUGCAUGUGCUACGCCGCCUUGGGCAUCCCUUUGACGCUGGUGAUGUUCCAGAGCCUGGGUGAACGCAUGAACACCUUUGUCAAGUAUCUCUUGCAGCGGAUGAAGAAGUGCUGCCGGAUGAGGAGCACGGACGUCUCCAUGGAGAACAUGGUGGCCGUCGGGUUCUUCUCCUGCAUUGGGACCCUUUGCAUAGGGGCGGCAGCCUUUUCCCAAUGCGAGGAGUGGAGUUUUUUCCAGGCCUUCUAUUACUGCUUCAUCACAUUGACUACCAUCGGGUUUGGGGAUUACGUGGCCCUUCAGUCGAAAGGGGCCCUCCAGAAGAAGCCGCUGUACGUGGCGUUUAGCUUUAUGUACAUCCUGGUGGGGUUGACAGUCAUCGGGGCCUUUCUCAAUCUGGUUGUUCUCAGGUUGUUCAUGAACAUCGAGGAAGAGCGCCGGGAGGCUGAGGAGCGUGCGUCCCUGGCCGGGAACCACAACAGCAUGGUCAUCCACAUCCAAGAGGAUUCCCAGCAUGGCCGGCCACAGUACAAAGCGGAGGUGACCGACCUCCAGUCCGACUGUUCUUGCAUGUGCUACCGGUCCCACGAAUACACCAGCCGGGUGGUGUCCCACCAAAACUCCUUCAGCUCCAAGCUGAACCUUCAGUACUUUCAUUCGAUCUCCUACAAGAUCGAGGAGAUCUCGCCAAGCACAUUAAAAAACAGCCUCUUCCCGUCUCCCGUAAGCUCCAUCUCUCCCGGAUUGCACAGCUUUACAGACAGCCGGAGGCUCAUGAGACGGCGGAAGUCCAUUUGA